GCGAGAGCGGCUCUUCUCGCCCGGAGGCCGUCUCCUGGUCUCGUCCUGUCGGCUCCCCUCUCCUCUGGGCUCUUGUCCGCAUCUGUCGCUGCCCAGUGGCAUCGGCCAUCCACAACCAGACCCCCGGUCAUCUAGAACCCCAGACUUACUCUCACCAGCGAUGCCCCCCAGAGCCGGACGAUGGGUCCCGGCCGACGUGGAGCCCUCGCAGCUCCUGCCCGUCAUUGCCCGCGAGGCCAUGCUUUGCGUCUAUUGCAGCUCUGAAUAUUCUGCUCUGGCCACCGAGGGCGCCUUGCUCGGCGACGACCCGCAACGGGUGCCGAUUCCCCUUACCGUCCUCGAGCUUAUCGCCACAAAGAUUGCCCGGCUCGUGUGUCUGCAGGUCGUCGAGGAGCUGCAGGCGUCAGGAGCUCUCUCGAACACCACCACCACCACAACCACCAAGGUGCAUCCCAGCCCGCAAGUCGAUGCCCUCCUCCUGGACACGACCGUACCCAAGAUCUCGAGCGAGCCGAGCGAUGAGGGCGGGCCCCCGAGUCCCUGGAAGACCUAUUUUUCCUUGAGCCGCAACAACACCGCCAAACGGGCCGAUCCGAUUUCCUUGCUGCGAUCGGCCGUCACAAGCUUCACGCUGUCUCGCCCGCGAUCUUCGACCCUCCCGUCCAAUCCGACCGAGACGCUGCAGCGGGUGGCGACUCCCUCGCCCAAGGUGUACAAGCGCCAGGACGUCAUCGACAGGGUUCAACCUGCCCUUCAGACGCUGCUGGAAACCCAGCUGGACAAGGUCGUCCGUGAGGCCAUGGCGGCGCCUGUGGACAAGCGUCGAUAUGCUGCCGAUGGCGCUUCACUCAAGGGAUGGAAGAGCAAAAACGAGGAUCGCAUCGUCGUCCGAACGUAUCUCAACGAACUCCUGGGUCCCGAGCACCGGCCGCUGUCGUUCUAUGCCGUAUACGAUGGCCAUGCCGGGGAAGUCACAUCUGAGUACGUAGCCACGCACCUGCACUGGGUCGUGGCCCAGCAGCCGGGAUUUCCCAGCAAUGCCGAAAACGCCUUCAAGGAGGCGUUUGGGACGGUCAACUCCAAGCUCAAAGCCGCCAUGGAGGCCGGUGACUGCCGCGUGAAGAGUGGCUCGACAGCUGUCGUUGCCGCAUUGGCAGACAACCAGCUGCAUGUUGCCUGGGUCGGCGAUUCGGUCGCCAUUCUGUUCAACGAGGACGGCACAUCCGAAAAGCUGAUCGUCGAGCACACAGGCCACAACGAGGAUGAGAAGCAGCGCUGUGUGGCUGAAGGUGGCGAGUUUCUCCGGGACGGCAGGUCGAUCCGGCUCAACGGGCUCUUGAGCGUCACCAGGUCCUUUGGCGACUACCACAUCCCUCAGGUCACCGCUACUCCCCAGACCCGGAGCAUCACCCUCACGGGCAAGGAGAAGUAUCUGCUGCUGGCGUCGGACGGCCUGACGGAUGUCAUGAGCAACAAGGACAUCCACGAGUGGCUCCGAAAGCGCGAGCACGGCUAUUUCGAAGAGAAUGUACAGGACGACAACAAUGGCUGGGGCCGUCGAACCUCCAGCCUCGCCGAGCCCACCCAGAGCCUGGAUAACGCCGAGUCGGAGAUCUCUGCGGGAAGCAACGCCGUCACGGUGGAUAUCCUCACCACGGGCGUAGCCGAGGUUCUGGCACAGAAGGCCCUGGAUAUCGGGUCUACCGACAACGUCAGCGUCAUCCUCGUCAAACUGAAACCCUAGACACUCGCCGUGGCCACCUAAGCGAUCUAUCGGCCGCCGGGCAUAUACCUCGCUUGUCCUGAGGCCGAAGCCCGCCGUCUUUCACUCUGGUCCACUCCCUGCCGAGUUUUCGGCUCGCCAACCCAACCU